AUCACCGUCGAUAGAGAACUGGGCGCUGGGCGACAGAGCAAACACUCAAAACAAUCCAAUUAAUAAUCAAACCAAAUACGCUUAUCAAGCGAGGCGUGUUAAAUCAACAUGGCAUCGAUGACAAUGUGCGGCGAGUUCACAUUCAAACGCGAACUGCGGAACAAUGACGAUGCAAUAUUAUCAACAGGCGAGACUAAUUGUUCUUGGCCUUUGUUUAACAACGUUAAUUGGCGACACCAGCGCUGGAAAUAUUCUGGCAGUGUUCCCUCAUUUUGGCUUCAGUCACUUCAAGGUGGUGCAGCCGCUGCUGAGUGAAUUGGCUCAACGUGGACAUCACGUCACCGUCAUAUCGUAUGUAAAGAAUCCGCUUGCUGCGCAAUUGCCAAACUACGAGCAGUUGCUGACUAGCGAUGCGAACGAGGAUCAGGCGAGCACCACCAUCAAUGUGGUGCCACUCGCUGAGCACACACCAACUCGAUCAUUGCCCGUGCUGCUCAAGGAAUACUACGAUCUGUUUAGCGAGGGACAAACCACCUGUGGUCGUCUCUAUGCCAGCGGACAUGUGGCGACAGUGUUGGAACGACACAAAGAGCAACCCUACGACUUACUGCUCACCGAAUACUUCAGCAACGAUUGUCAGCUGGCGCUAGCCAAGCUCAUGCAGCUACCCAUCAUUGGCGUGAGCACGUGCGCCUUGAUGCCGUACUUCUAUGAUCGCAUCGAUCUGCCCGAUAAUCCCGCCUAUGUGCAGUCCGAAUUUGUAGGCUUUGCACAGCCUUUGCUUUGGCAUGAACGACUGCUUAAUUUUGUGCAGGCCAAGCUGCUGAAACUGCUAUACAAGCUGCACACAAAUCGUGCAGAUCAGAAGCUGAUUAAGCAACAUCUGGCCAUAGACAUCGAUGUGGAUGAAGUGGCACGUGACCAAACCGCAUUUAUACUUGUUAAUCAGCACUAUUCGCACAUGGGCAGUCGACCAGUGACGCCACAAUUGAUCGAAGUGGGAGGCAUGCAUAUCACCAGUGAUGCAAAGAAACACCUGCCCCAAGAAGUGGAACAGUUCCUGCAGCGAUCACCACAGGGUGUCAUCUUCAUCAGUUGGGGAUCGAUGGUGCGUGCCUCGAGUAUCGAUGCAGACAAGUUGCAGGCCAUGCUGCAGGUGCUGUCACAGCAGCCACUGAAUGUCAUCUGGAAAUGGGAGACGGAUGAGCAUCCCCAAGUGGAUGCCAACAAGUUUCUAUUCGUCAAGUGGGCACCACAACUGGCGCUGCUUUGUCAACCACGUGUCAAGCUGUUCUGGGCCCACGCCGGUUUGCUGGGCAUGACCGAGGCGCUGCACUGCGGCAAACCUUUGCUGAUGACGCCCAUCUAUGGCGAUCAGUUUCUCAACGCAUAUGCCGCACAACAGCGCGGCGUAGGUCUCAAGCUGGAUUAUGAACAGAUCAAUGUGACCACACUGCAGGAAACGCUUCAGGAACUCAGCCAUGCUAACUAUGCUGUGAGUGCUGAGAAGCUGUCGCAAGUCUUCAAUGGACGCCAGCGCACGCCUUUAGAAUCGGCCAUUUGGAGUGUGGAGCAUGUGUUGCAACAUGGUCUCUUUGCCACCAAGCUGCUGCAAUCGCCGGGCAUCGAGCUCAACUGGUUCAUCUAUCAUUCACUGGAUAGCAUAGCAAUCCUACUUGUGUUAGUCCUGCUCAUCAUCGCCAGCUGGCGUGCGCUUUUCCCGGCACAAAGCAAACGCCAGUCAAAAGCGCAGACGCAACAACGAGCAGGCAAAAAGUCCAGGAAAUAAUCAAACUACAGAAACGAAAGCAACGACAAUAAUAAAUUGGUCAAGAA